GAAGAGACUCCGCGAUUUUGUUGCAAACGUUGAACAGUUCCUCCUGAUUUAAAGCACCAAAAAAGCCCCGUUUGAACCUCGGGAUAGUAACUAACAACCAGAUGAGAAUGUAGGCAUGAGGAUGCUGCUGGACACCUCUGCCUUGGCCCCCCACAGUCCGUGGCUCUCAGCCACCAUUGAAUCCCGACAGAAAACCUUUCUAUCCAUGAAAAACAAUCCCUUCCUAUUGGCUGGGUUGAGCUGCACAUGCUAUAACAACAGGAUAUGCAGCGCUAUGGGCUGAUAAUAGCUUAUCGUGUGUUUUGCAUGCUUUUUAUUUAAUCAAUAGAAUGUCUGCUUAAAGGGUUCGGGUGCAAUAAUUAUAAUAAAAAGAAUUUACAAUUUACAGUUCAACUAAAGGCUGUUUUGUUUCACAGAGCAGUUGUGUCUGUGUAAAGCUGCUGAAGAAUGUUUAAGUAUCGGAUCCGGAUGUUUUUCAGUGAACUCAAAGUGUUACUACUGAUGCGCUCUGGAUCAAGCAGGAGGACUAAUACGGACCCAGACCCGGACACGCAGACUGAGAUGCGAGGGCUCGCCAUAGGAGGCUGUGGCUGGCCACCGCUGAGCUGCUCUCACCCGGACGAUGAGGAGGAAUAUUAUGGGUCUGACCCCCGGCCACGCAGCCUGGCAUUUGAAGAUAAAGAAGGAGCCAAAGCCCACGGGGGAGACCUGAACGCUACAUCCCUCCCGAGUCUCUCAGAGAGCGGGAUGCGAUCACCCCAGUGCCGGAUCUGUUUCCAGGGGCCGGAGAAGGGGGAGUUGUUGAGUCCGUGUCGCUGUGAUGGCUCUGUGCGCUGUACCCACCAGUCCUGCCUAAUCCACUGGAUCAGCGAGAGAGGCUCCUGGAGCUGUGAGCUCUGCUACUUCAAGUACCAGGUCCUGGCCAUCAGUACCAAAAACCCACUGCAGUGGCAGGCCAUCUCUCUGUCUGUGAUCGAGAAGGUGCAGAUUGCAGCCAUUAUCCUGGGCUCUUUGUUCCUCAUCGCCAGUGUUUCUUGGCUGGUGUGGUCCUCACUCAGCCCUUCAGCCAAAUGGCAGCGGCAGGACCUUCUCUUUCAGAUAUGCUAUGGCAUGUAUGGUUUUAUGGACAUAGUUUGUAUAGGCCUUAUAAUUCAUGAAGGAUCAUCUGUUUACCGGAUCUUUAAGCGCUGGCAGGCUGUGAACCAGCAGUGGAAAGUGUUGAAUUACGAGAAAGCAAAGGACUUACGUGACCCGAUCAGUUCCAGCAGUAAAGCUGCUGGUCAGGUUGAGAGCGGCUCUUCUCACACUGUCACAGACAGCGGACAGAGGACGAAUCGGCAAGUCAGGACUAUUCUCCAUCACCACUGUGGCUACACUAUUUUGCACAUCCUCAGUCAGAUAAGAUCCAACAACCUGCACAGUGACAACCAUGAGGUGGUCAUGAGGGUGACCACAGUAUGAGGCUGGGAAACUGACAGACAGAGGUGUGCUGUGUGCUUUAUUAGGAAAUAAAGGUGUUGAUUAGGAUGGCAUUUUUAAAAAUCCUAAUCUCAUGUCACAUAUACACUGCCAUUAUCAUCGAGUCUCACAACUGGUUUGCAGAUUCUCCUUGGGCUCAGACUGGACAAUGAGAAACACAAUAUUUCAUGCAGUUUUAUCCUGGACUUUAAAAACAAAGACUGUGAAGCCAUUACUAAUAAGGAAAAAUGAUUUCUUUAAAAAAAAAGAAAACAUUUUCAUUUUUAAAGUUACCGAUCAUAUUUUUUUUUACCAUAAAUGAUACAAAAUGCCACUGAACUGUGUUUUGUUUUGCUUUCUAAAGAAGAAUGAAAAUAUUGGAUGCAAUUUUACAGUAGAGUGUUUUGGCAGUGAAAAUGACCAUGCUUAUUAUGUAACAAUAGCAAUGACCUCUGCCCCUGAAUUUAUUCCAUAGCCUAUACCUGAGGUUCCACCAUUAUCUGGUAGAUUUGAGCUGCUUUCACUUGAAGUAGCACAGAUAUUAAAAAGCCCAAUAAAACGCUGACACAUGGCACAAUUGUUUAAUACAUACCUUCAUAUGAAA